AUGACUUGGCUCACAUUCAGCACGUCAACCGUUAUCCAGGGACAUUUAGCUACUUGUAAAAAACGACAUAGUAUCAUUCUUCCGGACACUCUGAAGAAAGGUAACAUCACAAUUGGCUCAAACGGUACCUACGUCUACAUGCGACAGAUCACGAGUGUUUCUUUCUUUCUCAUUUUUCCAUUUCUAGCACCAAUAUUGAUACACAAAUUUACGACUCCAUCCACAAGCUCAAUGUCUCCUCUAUCUAAUUUGGAUGAGGUUGCUUCUUCUUUGCUUUCUUUGAAUGGUAUGCGACUGCAGUCGUCGAAGUGUCUACAAUCAUUAUGGGCCGGCUACGGUGAAAUAGCACGCAUCGUAGCAAUCUCAGACAACCCGGAAUCUACCACAUCUGUCAAUUCACAAACGCUCAUUAUGAAGCUAGUCACCCCUCCAGCGAGUAAAGCCGACGACGAAGGGCACACGCGAAAGAUACUGAGCUAUCAAGUAGAGCAGUACUUUUAUAGCCAAUUGGCACCACAAAUGCCAGCAUCUAUACCGGUCGCCAGGUGUCUUGCAACUAUCAACCAACCUCGCCCCAAGGGAGCAUCCAUUAUAGCAAUGAUUCUAAGCGACCUUCGUCAAGAGUUUCCCAUCGCGGGUGAGAAGCGCGAUGCGCUGUCUCCCACUCAAGUCUCCUCUGCAUUAGCUUGGUUGUCUGGUUUCCACGGAUUUUGGUGGUCUCAAGUAGGAAAUUUCGAUCCUUCCUCGCUCGUCCUUCCUCCCCUUGAACAACUACGGCGGGAUGAUCAAGAUACAAGUCAGCAGACCAUCUGGCUAAAUGGAGGUUACACAUAUCUUGCAACACGUCAAAAAGAGUAUGCGAAUCUGGCCCAUGAUACCGAUAACGAAUGGAGCCAGAAGCUCACCCAGACCAUUGACGGAGACAAUCAGGCGAUUGCAAGAUUAGUCGCUGCAUUUCUUGCACCAAAACAGCAUGGCAACUCCUCCAUUACCGAUUACCAGACUGUGAUCCAUGGAGACGUCAAGUCUGAGAAUCUCUUUACAACAAACUCCGGUGAUCAAGUCGCAUUCUAUGACUUUCAGUAUGUUGGGCUUGGUCUGGGUGUCUGCGAUCUCGCGAAACUCUUUACAUGCUCUGUGCCAUUGAGCAUGCUCGUCGCCGAUGAGACUUUACCUCCGCAACUACCAAUGCAGCGCGGAGAAAGGGCCCUGCUCAUGCGAUAUCUAAGCAAGCUGAAGGAAGAAAGUGGAAAAGAGUACGACUGGGAAACGUUUGUUCGUCACUGGGAGGUCGCAUUGGUUGAUUGGCUGCGAUUCCAAGCUAGCUGGGGAUUCUGGGGUAAUACCGAGUGGCUUGAGGCGAGAGGAAGAAGUAUUCUUAACGACGAGGGAUGGAGGAAAUUCGUCCGCGAUGGCGUAGCCAGAUCUGAGAAGGUUCAAGUGUAG